GUGAGAAGAACCUCCUAGCUCUACAGUAUUCAUGAGUUGCUGGGUGUUUUUAAAGGAAGUUUGAAAAGUUAGAGUGUGAGAGUGGCAGGCAAGGGCCAGAUGGAAUGUCCAGUACCACCAGCACUGCCAUUUGUCUAUAGCAAGUUGGUAGCAACCGUCUGAGAUAUAAAACUCUGAUUACAAGAGUUCCCUCUAGGGAUGAGGAAUCACCACACAGUGGUUCUCUUUCCCUCCUUGCUGAGACUUCUGGAGGUGCUGCUGGGUGUCACUUAUGGGCGUGCUGUGGAAUACAGAGAUUACCGCUUACAGGAACUACGUGGUACAGAGCCGCUCCAUGGUAACUGGGGACAUGGGAAGCCAUGGUUCUACACUGAUAUCUUGGGGGAUCCACAAGAAGACAGGAGCCCCAGGAACACCAACAGAGAGCCCAGAGCUACAAAGGAAACAGCGAGGCAAUUAGGGAAAUCGGCUGCCAAUUCCAAGUCAGUCAAAAAUGGGAAUAAAAAAAAGGACAGGAAUGAAAAGGGGAGCCUAAAAUCUCCAAAUGGCAGCAACGAAGGAUUUGGUUACUAUGGAUUUGGUAUAGAAGAAUGUCCUCCUCUUGGUUUGGAGAACCUGAAAAUUGAUGACUUCCAGCUCCAUGCAUCUUCAAUCAAACGCUAUGGUCUGGGAGCCCACAGAGGACGGCUUAAUAUCCAGGCUGGACUUCUUGAGGACGAUUUCUUUGAUGGAGGCUGGUGCGCAGGGAGGAACGACCCUCUGCAGUGGUUUGAAGUGGAUGCCAGGAGGCUGACUAAGUUCACCGGUGUCAUCACACAAGGCCGCAACUCCCUGUGGUCAAGUGACUGGGUGACAUCAUACAAAGUCCGAGUCAGCAACGACAGCCACACGUGGACGACCAUUAAGAACGGCACGCGGGAUGUGGUUUUCAGUGCAAACAGCGAGAAGGAGCUUCCUGUGCUGAACAGCCUGCCCACGCCUGUGAUUGGCCGGUACAUCCGCGUGAGCCCGCACUCAUGGUACCCCAGGGGCUGCAUUUGUAUGCGAGUUGAAAUCCUUGGUUGUCCGAUGCCAGAUCCCAAUAAUUAUUACCAUAGAAGGAAUGAGAUCACAACCACAGACAAGCUGGACUUCAAGCACCACGGUUAUAAAGAGAUGAGACAGCUUAUGAAGACAGUUAAUGAAAUGUGUCCAGACAUCACAAGAAUUUACAAUAUUGGGAAGAGCUACAAUGGUUUGAAACUUUACGCCAUUGAGAUUACAGACAACCCCGGACAGCAUGAACAGGGUGAGCCAGAGUUCCGCUACACUGCUGGUUCCCAUGGUAACGAGGUACUGGGUCGGGAGCUACUGCUGCUACUGAUGCAGUUUAUGUGUCAGGAGUACUUGGUGGGUAACCUGCGGGUACGCCACCUGGUCGAGGAGACCCGCAUCCAUCUGCUGCCCUCCGUAAACCCAGAUGGCUACGAGAAAGUCUUUGAGUUGGGCUCGGAGCUUGGGGGCUGGUCCCUUGGCCGCUGGACUCAGGAUGGCCUGGAUAUUCACCACAACUUCCCAGAUCUUAACUCUGUCCUCUGGGAGGCGGAGAGCAGGAAGUGGGUGUCACGGAAAGUUCUCAACCACCAUCUGCCUAUUCCAGAGUGGUAUUACUCUAAAAAUCAUACGGUUGCCGUGGAGACACGAGCACUUAUUUCCUGGAUGGAAAAGAUUCCCUUUGUGCUGGGUGGGAAUCUACAGGGGGGUGAACUGGUGGUGACGUUCCCCUAUGACAAAGCCCGCUCCCAGUGGAAAGUGCAGGAGCAGAGCCCAACGGCCGAUGACCCAGUGUUCCGCUGGCUGGCCUUUUCUUACGCCUCCACCCACCGGCUGAUGACAGAUGCCGGCCGGAGAGUGUGUCACACGGAAGACUUUGCUAAGGAGGAAGGCACAAUCAAUGGAGCUUCUUGGCACACAGCUCCUGGAAGCAUGAAUGACUUUAGCUACUUGCACACUGACUGCUUUGAGCUCUCCAUGUAUGUGGGCUGUGACAAAUUCCCCCAUGAGAGUGAGCUGGCUGCAGAGUGGGAGAACAACCGUGAGUCUCUGCUCGUCUUCAUGGAACAGGUGCAUCGUGGGAUCAAAGGUGUCGUUAGGGACAUGCAGGGCCGGGGAAUUGCCAACGGCACCAUUUCUGUGGAAGGCAUCAACCACGAUAUUCACACAGCGGCAGAUGGCGACUAUUGGCGACUUUUAAACCCCGGGGAGUACAGGGUGACAGUGAGGGCCCAGGGGUACAAUCCCGCCAGCAAAGUGUGUGAGGUGGGCUAUGACAUGGGCGCCACCCAGUGCGACUUUGUCCUCAGCCGUACCAACCUGUCGCGGAUCAAGGAGAUCAUGGAGAAGUUUGGCAAGCGCCCCAUCAAGCCUCUGCAGCAACAAGUCAGGCACAGGCAGACUCAGACAUAAGGAUGCAGAGCAGUGAGGACAAGCAGGUGAUAUGAAGACCUUUCUCAGACCUUUUAUGCCGACAACUGGACAUGGAGAGUUCUGGAAUGGAUUAGCCUGUGGGUGGACAUUUCUAAGAGGGAUCAGUAUUUGAAGCACUUUUUCCAUAUUUUAGUGCCUUACUUUUAGUUAAUUUUAAAUUAGAACUAGUGGCUUAUUAGAUGUUUUUUCCUUUUGUUUUAAUAUACAGAGUAAGAAAAAUAAAAUGAAAAUAGAUUGAUUUCAAAAUGUAACCAUCCAUCAUCAUUUCAUGAAGUGAAAUAUACUAUGUCAAUUCACAAUAAAUCUGGAAAUGAAUAGUAA